AUGAUUUCCUCUCGUUUUCGAAAUAUCCCCCUGAUUGUGGCCCCUCUGCUGGCUUUUAUUCUGCUAAAUUAUCUCUUCUGGUUUAGAACGGACACGCAUGCUGCUGAGACGGGGUAUAUUCAACGAGAAAACAACACCAACGGGGACCCAGCCACAUCGAAUCCAUCUGGCUGCCCCGAACUACCGGGGAUACACGACGUGCUGGUGGUCCUAAAGACGGGCGCCACCGAAGCAUUGGAGAAAGUGCCCGUCCACGUUAACACCACCCUUAAAUGUAUUCCGAAUUUCGUUCUUUUUUCCGACUUCGAAGAGGAAAUUGCUGGCGUCCAAGCGCAUGACGUCCUACGCGGUGUGGACGAGACGAUAAAGCAAACACACCCGGAGUUCGAUCUCUACAAUCGGCUACGUGAAUCCGGUCGGGCGGGGCUAACAGUAGAAGACAUCAACGACGAUCCAAGCACGCCAUCCGGCAAGCCCGAUAAUCGGGGGUGGCUGCUGGACAAGUGGAAAUUCUUGCCCAUGAUCAAUGAAACCCUCAAUAUUCGAGCCGAUGCAAAGUGGUACGUCUUCAUCGAGGCAGACACGUAUGUGGUAUGGCCGAACCUUCUGGCAUGGCUAGAGAAGUUUGAUCCCAGCCAGCCAUACUAUAUGGGAUCGGGGGUAAACAUUUUGAACAUCAACUUCGGCCAUGGAGGGUCUGGUCUUGUUAUAUCCCACGCCGCUAUGCAUAAGGUUUCCGAGUAUCGUGCGUCCAGAGUGAAGGAAUAUGACGAUUUUACCGCUAGCCAGUGGGCCGGCGAUUGCGUUCUUGGAAAGGCGCUGAAGGAUGCAGGAGUCGGUCUUUUUUUCUCAAAUCCCAUGCUACAGGGCGACACACCUUGGACCUUCUCACAUUAUGGACCGAACAAUGAUCAUCAUUGGUGUACGCCUGUGGUAACCUAUCACCAUAUGACUCCGGACGAUAUUCGCGAAACUUGGGCGUUUGAGCGGACUUGGUGGGCAAAUACACAAAGGCAGACCCUUCUGCAUGCCGAUGUAUUCGAAGAGUUUGUCCGUCCACAAAUCGGGCAGAUGAAGCAGGACUGGGACAAUGCCUCCUCCGAUGAGAACAUUGAAGGCACCGACAGUCAAGAGAUCUGUCAAGCGCAAUGCGAGAAGGAUCGCAAAUGCCACCAAUACUCCUACGAGCCGGGAAAGUGCUUGACCUCCAAGGUAGCCCGGCGAGGCAGUAGAAAAGCUGGCAUGGGCUCUGGCUGGAUGGCUGAAAGGAUUAAUAAAACCAUGAACGGCCUCGGUUCUUGCCGAACGGUAAAGUGGAUUACUCCACGAUAG